GAACAUGGUUGGGAUUGUUUUGAUGGGACGGUGGCGGAGCCAUCUUGUUUUAUAUCCGUCCUAAACCCGUUUACCGAGCCAGAGGAAACAACUAUGGAAUGUAACACUAUUUCCCAAACGUAGACGCAUGAAAUUAAGAAACCCGAGCGCCGAAGCUGCUUUACAUUCGACGGAAUAAACCGAGUGGCGUUGAUUGUGAUUAAUCGGUGCAUUUUCUCUCGCACAUUUUCUCCGGUGUAAGAUACUAUGAAUGGAGGAUAAAUGUUGCCGAAGGCUGACAGCGGUGGUUUUGUGCUUCUCCUCUUCAUUCUGACAGCAACAGACCCGUCACGGACAGGUCCGCGGCUCGCUCUGGCCAGGCUAUUGACAGAUCUGCGCUGCAACCCUGGCCAGUUUGCCUGCCGGAGUGGAAAAUUGCAGUGUAUCCCGUCAACCUGGCAGUGCGAUGGCUGGACGGCCUGCGAGGACAAGAGCGAUGAGAUAGACUGCCCUACUAUAAAAGAGGAACGCUAUCGAUACAGCAAUGGCCUGGAGCCGGUGGAGGACGUCAUGGGGGUCGCUCAGCCCGUGCGCUUCAACAAGAAAUGUCCGAGCGGCUGGCACCACUACGAGAAAACGGCCAGCUGUUAUAAAGUCUACCUGCGCAGUGAGAACUACUGGCAGGCGGUGGAAACCUGUCAGAAAGUCAACGGUUCGCUUGCAACGUUCGGCACCAACGAGGAGCUGCAGUUCAUCCUCAAGAUCGAGGUGGAUUUCGAUGAGAACGUGUGCGAACGCAAGGACCAGUGCAAGUUCUGGGUUGGAUAUCAGUACGUGAUCACUAACCAGAACCACACGCUCGAGGGACGCUGGGAAGUGGCGUAUAAAGGGUCCAUGCAGGUUUUUCUGCCUCCGGAGGGUCUCGAAGCCCUCGGUGAAGCCAAUCCCACCCAGGACAAUGUUUUCUGUGCUCAGCUGCAGCGCUUCCAGAUCAAGAGCAUGAAUGAGCGUGGCCUGCACAGCUGGCAUGCAGAAAACUGCUACAAGAAAUUUCCUUUUCUCUGCAAGAGACGACAGACAUGUGUGGACAUCAAGGAUAACGUGGUGAACGAGGGCUAUUAUUUCACCCCUAAAGGCGAUGAUCCGUGUCUGAGCUGCACGUGUCAUGACGGAGAGCCGGAGAUGUGUGUUGCAGCUCUGUGUGAGCGUCCACAGGGCUGUCAGCACUUCCGCAAAGACCCCAAAGAGUGCUGCAAGUUCACCUGUCUGGACCCCGACGGCAGCAGUCUGUUUGACUCUAUGGCCAGCGGGAUGCGUCUGAUCGUCAGCUGUAUCUCCUCUUUCCUCAUCUUGUCUCUGCUGCUCUUCAUGGUGCACAGACUGAGACAGCGGCGGCGCGAGCGCAUCGAGACCCUCAUCGGAGGAAACCUGCAUCAUUUUAAUCUGGGUCGGCGAGUGCCUGGGUUCGACUACAGACCGGAUGCCUUCGGGACAGGCCUGACGCCUCUGCAUCUCUCGGAUGAUGGAGAAGGAGGAGCGUUUCACUUCCAGGAGCCUCCACCGCCUUACGCUGCUUACAAAUACCCAGACAUCCACCACCCUGAUGACCCGCCGCCGCCAUACGAGGCCUCCAUCAACCCCGACAGCAUCCUCUACAUGGACCUUGGUCGGGCAGGUGUUCCUCUAUCAUCCGGCCACAUGAGCAGCGCCUCAGACUCUCUGCAGAGGGAUUUCCCUGCGCCACCGCUAGCUGCCCCGCCGCCGCUGGAAGAACGCGAGGACUCCAUCGACAGCAGCACAAUGCUCGUCUCUCCGGACACACCGAGCGGAUCCGAGGCCAGCAUCACGCAGAGCUCCAGUGCAGACGCACCCUCGCUCAGCACCGUGGUCUAGACCCAAAAACCUAGUGACUUCACAACAGAAGACGUGCGUUGGGGGUUUUUACUCUGCGCUUUUUCACGUGUAAAUACUUCCGUCGGCCAUUGGUUGAGUCUUGAGGAUGAGUGAUUUUGCACUGGCAAAGACGUUUGUUUGUGAAGGAAACAAGUGGACGUCUCAUCACUGGAGUCCUGUCCCGCACACUGACUCUUUAUGGCACAAAACGAGCAAUGUUUUUUUUCUUGAGCGCUCCGUCCAAACAGACCCUUCUGAUGAUGCGUUUUUAUGAAGGAUCUGUUUGGGUUCGAGCAAAACUGUGUUCUUAAUCUGCAAUUCUGUGACGUCUGCUUGACCUUUUUUUGUUUUUUUUGUCUGUCAGGUCAGUAACACAAGCUCUAAACUCUAAAAAUAAUAAUAAAUGAUAAUAAUAUUUUA